UGGCACUGCCGGUGCAGAGACGGUGCCUCCUGCCCCCCUGCGCGCACCCCCGGAGAUGUGUCUGCGCGGGGCCGUGCUGGCCCUGUGCUGCGUGGCAGCUGCGGCCUGGCUGCAGGUGUCGGUGGGCCCCUCGCCGGUGCGGGCGCGCCCCGGGCAGCGCGUGGUGCUGGAGUGCCUCGUCGGGGCCGACUACCCGCCCCUGGAGCUGGAGCUGGAGCAGCUGCAGGUGCGCUGGCGGCACGAGGGGCGCACGGUGCUGGAGUUCGCCGGGGCGGUGCGGGCGGCGCGGGCGGGGCUCAGCCUGGCCGAGGACGAGGUGAGGACCGGGAACGUCUCGCUGGUGCUGCAGCGCGUCACCGCCAGCGACAGCGGGGAGUGGACCUGCUACAUCCUCUACCCGCCCGACCAGGCCCAGGGCAGCCUCACCCUGCACGUGGCAGACCCGACGGUGCCCCCCGACGCCUGCCCCCUGGGCGGGGGCGCCCCACGGCUGCGGCAGCUGGAGGAGGUGAUCGGGGGCUGCAUGCGCUCGGCCAGCGAGCUGCAGCGGCACCUGGCCCGGCUGGCUGCCGCGGUGAAGGCGUGUCUGGGCAGCCCGGAGGCCGAGGAGAGCCCAGCCCGGGCACAGGCUGAGAGCGCCAACCAGACGGCACAGGCGUGAGCCCUCGGUCGUCCGCCCAGCGCCCCCGACACAGCUCCCGCAGCCAUGGGGCUGAGAUCCCCGGGGACCGACGGGGACACCCACAUCACAGCAACGGGGCCGGGAUCCCCGGGGACCGACGGGGACACCCACAUCACAGCAACGGGGCCGGGAUCCCCGGGGACCGACGGGGACACCCACAUCACAGCAACGGGGCCGGGGUCCCCGGGGACC